GUCAUGUCUAACCUUAAAGAAAUCUAAUGUUAAAGCUCAACAGCGUGAGGCUGAAGGGACCUCUCAUGUUCUGGAGGGGAUUGUCAGCUCUACACAUGUGCUGUUUUCCCACAUUUCUCUGAGUGAGCUGAUAAAAGGUUCAGAAGAGCCAGUGGGAAAGGAGUUUGUCUCAAGGGCUUUGGAGGAUUGAAGAAAAGGCUGAGAAGAGCCAAACUGAGAGAAUGUUCCUUCUGGUCAGACGUUUCACCAUGAACCGAGCCUGGACCUUGUUCAAGGCUCACCCUUACAUCAGCAACAUCCUGGGAUACACUGCGCUGUUUGCCUCAGCUGACCUCAUACAGCAGAGUGUCCUGGGUAGAAAUCCCGUCGCUGUGUCUGCGUCUGAGGGGUCAGACGGGAUCGUCUGGCAUCAGACCGCUCGAGUGGCGACUGUUGGGCUGUGUUUCCAUGCCAACUUCAACUAUCACUGGCUCAGAGGGCUGGAGAGGAUGCUGCCCGGAGGCGGGGUGAAGGCAGUGACGAGGAAAGUGGUACUGGAUCAGCUGAUUGCAGCCCCUGUUACCAUCAGUGCUUUUUAUAUUGGUUUAAGUUUAUUGGAGAACAAAGACGACCCACUUGAAGACUGGCGACAGAAGUUCUGGACAUCUUACAGGGCUGGAGUGGUGUACUGGUCAACAAUGCAGGCUGUGAACUUCGCCUUUGUGCCUCCUGUGGCUCGCACUGCAUUUGUGGGAGGAAUCGCUCUGACUUUCACCAUCUUUCUGUGUCAUCUCAGACAGCAACACAGACACUAACCUGAAUAAACAGACAUUCACUUUUCAGAGACAUUGUUGUAAAAUAAUGGCAUUAACUUAAGCUCAAUGAAAGGGGAGAUUAAAUAUUCUCAGUGGAAACAGUCACACAUCUGUGAAUCAUCUGAUCCUUUCUUACUAAGUUGUUUACUCUGAUAUGUUAACAAAAAUGUAUUAAAAUAAUGCAAAAAUA